CUGUAGGAUUGCGUCUCCCAAUCCAUGCACUCCGCUCCGCUGUCUCGCCAACUCAACAUGGAGGCCGCCGCCGCCAUUGGCCUCGAUGACUCCGACCGCGACAGCAUCCGUUCCUCUUUCAGCACCGCCAUCGACUCCCGCCGCAGCUGGAUCAGCGACAUCAGCUUCGGCAGCUCCAGCUCCGUCUCUGUACGGUCCUACUUCGGCGCCGGCGACAGCGGCGGGACUGGCCUUCACCACCCGAAGCUGAAGCCUCACAAGGCGAACCAGGCCGAGUGGGAGGCCAUCCGACGCCUCCGCGCCGCCUCCUCUGGCCAAGUCCGCCUCGAACACUUCCGCCUCCUGCGCCGCCUCGGCAGCGGCGACCUCGGCAACGUGUACCUGUGCGAGCUCCGCGCCCCCGCUCAGGUGGCCUGUCUCUACGCCAUGAAGGUGGUUGACCGCGAGGCUCUCGCCUUCCGCAACAAGCUCCAUCGUUCGGAGGUCGAGAAGGAGAUCCUCCGCACUCUCGACCACCCUUUCCUCCCCACUCUCUACGCCGACUUCGAGGCCGCCCAUUACUCCUGCCUCCUUAUGGAGUUCUGCCCUGGCGGCGACCUCCACGUCCUCCGCCAGCUCCAGCCCGGCCGCCGCUUCCCUAUCUCCUCCGCCAAAUUUUACGCGGCGGAGACGCUGUUGGCGCUGGAGUACCUCCACAUGAUGGGAGUUGUCUACCGAGAUUUGAAGCCGGAGAACGUCCUCGUGAGGGACGAUGGCCACAUCAUGCUCUCCGACUUCGAUCUCUCCCUCAAGUGUGACGUCGUCCCCAAACUCCACAUGAUGCAACGCCUCACCACCGGCAGCAAGCUCCCGGCGAAGACCUCUACCGCCUCCUGCGUGCCGCCCAUGCAACCCGUUCUCUCCUGCUUCUACGGCGGCGACAAAAAGGCAAAGCGGGCGGCGCCGAGAAAGAACCCCGCCGCGGACGACAGGGAACGCGAGGACGACGACGAGGAGGAGCAGAUCGAGGUCGAUCCGGAGCUGAUAGCCGAGCCGAUCGCGGCGCGAUCGAAGUCAUUCGUGGGCACGCACGAGUACCUCGCGCCGGAGGUGAUAUCCGGCGGUGGCCACGGCAGCGCCGUCGACUGGUGGGCGCUCGGCGUGUUCCUCUACGAGAUGAUCUACGGGCGGACCCCGUUCAAGGGCGACGACAACGAAAAAACCCUCGUCAACAUCCUCAAGCAGCCGCUCUCCUUCCCCCCGUCGCCACCCGCAACAGACCUCAACAAGUACCCGGAAGACAUGGCCGACGCCCGAGAUCUGAUGGCGAAGCUCCUGGCGAAGAACCCCAAGAAGCGCAUAGGGAGCACCAAGGGCUCCGCCGAGAUCAAGCGGCACGACUUCUUCAAGACCAUCAACUGGGCUCUCAUCAGGUCGGUAACCCCACCGGAGGUGCCCAGAAACAGAUCAAAGAGCAGCAACAGACCCCCUCAGGCGGUGCCGCAAAAGCUGAGCAACAAAAAGCAAAGCGAUCACGAGCCUCCCGAAACCCCUCACUACAUCGAUUACUUCUAACUAACCGCCACGACUCCAGCUAGGCUGGCACUCUCCUGCCCGGUGUACAUUUUCGUAAUUUCACAUCCUGUGGAAAUUUUAGUUCGCCCUCUAAAAUUUAACUUAAUUCGACUUGGUACCUACGCGAUCAAAUUAAAAACUUUAGAGGGAGAAUUAAAAUUUCCGUCUCUGCUCUUAAUGUCUCUCUGAUCUCUUUUGGUUGCUUUGUGGUCUUCCUUUUGACCUGUGAGCUAUCAUUGUGGUGGUCUCCCUU